GUUGAACUUUUUGGGGGGAAAACGACCCGUGCCAAAGAACUAGGCCGCACAACUGUAACCGCUGCCCCGGCCGCCGCCGCUCCUUCUCAGGCCGGCCGGCGGAGAGCGCAGCGCGGCGGGGCCGGCGGCAUGGCUGUGUCCUGGAGGAACUGGCUGGCCAACGAAGGGGUUAAACACCUCUGCCUGUUUAUCUGGCUCUCCCUGAAUGUUUUGCUUUUCUGGAAAGCCUUCCUGCUGUAUAACCAAGGGCCAGAGUAUCACUACCUCCACCAGAUGUUAGGGCUAGGAUUGUGUCUAAGCAGAGCCUCCGCAUCUGUUCUUAACCUCAACUGCAGCCUUAUCCUUUUACCCAUGUGCCGGAUGCUCCUGGCUUACCUACGAGGAUCCCAGAAGGUUCCAAGCAGGAGAACCAGAAGAUUGUUGGAUAAAAGCAGAACAUUCCAUAUAACCUGUGGUGUGACUAUAUGUAUUUUUUCAGGUGUGCACGUGGCUGCCCAUCUGGUGAAUGCCCUCAACUUCUCAGUGAACUACAGUGAGGAUUUUGCUGAACUGAAUGCAGCAAGAUACCGAGAUGAGGAUCCUAGAAAACUUCUCUUCACAACUGUUCCUGGCCUGACAGGGGUCGGCAUGGUGUUGGUGCUCUUCCUGAUGGUUACAGCUUCUACAUACGCAAUACGAGUUUCCAACUAUGACAUCUUCUGGUAUACUCAUAAUCUCUUCUUUGUUUUCUACAUGCUGCUGAUGUUGCAUGUUUCAGGAGGGCUGCUGAAGUAUCAAGCUAAUUUAGAUACCCACCCUCCUGGCUGCAUCAAUCCUAAUGGAACCCGCUACCAGCAUGUUCACUUACCAGACCAUGGCUUGGAACAUUUUCAUGAAUCUUUCCCUGGAGGACCUUCAAAACCAGAUGAACUUACCCAAAACAGAUCCGUGAACAUAUGUAUGGAAGAGCCCAGGUUUCAAGCUAAUUUUCCACAGACUUGGCUUUGGAUUUCUGGACCUUUGUGCCUGUAUUGUGCUGAAAGACUUUACAGGUGUAUCCGGAGCAAUAAACCAGUUACCAUCAUCUCAGUCAUAAGCCAUCCCUCAGAUGUCAUGGAAAUCCGAAUGAUCAAAGAAAAUUUUAAAGCAAGACCUGGCCAGUAUAUUAUUCUACAUUGUCCCAGUGUGUCUGCGUUAGAAAAUCAUCCAUUUACCCUUACAAUGCAACUUGAUGUUUUUCUUUUGACAGAACGGUUUCGAGAUUUACUACUUCCGUCAUCUAAUCAAGACUCCGAGAUUCUGCCCUUCAUUCAAUCUAGAAAGUAUCCCAAGCUAUAUAUUGAUGGUCCAUUUGGAAGUCCAUUUGAGGAAUCGCUGAACUACGAGGCUAGCCUCUGUGUGGCUGGAGGCAUUGGAGUAACUCCAUUUGCAUCAAUACUCAACACCCUGCUGGAUGACUGGAAACCAUACAAGCUUAGAAGAUUAUAUUUUAUUUGGGUGUGCAGAGACAUCCAAUCCUUCCGUUGGUUUGCAGACUUACUCUGUGUGUUACAUAACAAGUUUUGGCAAGAGAACAGACCUGACUAUGUCAACAUCCAGCUGUACCUCAGUCAAACAGAUGGGAUACAGAAGAUAAUUGGAGAAAAAUAUCAAGCACUGAAUUCAAGACUUUUUAUUGGACGUCCUCGGUGGAAACUUCUGUUUGAUGAAAUAGCAAAAUGUAACAGAGGGAAAACCAUUGGUGUUUUCUGCUGUGGACCCAAUUCAAUUUCUAAGACUCUUCAUAAACUGAGUAACCAAAACAACCCAUAUGGGACAAGAUUUGAAUACAAUAAAGAAUCUUUCAGCUGAAAGCCUUUGAGAGGAACCAGGACUCUGAACAAGGAAUGAGUGCAAUUUCUAAGACUGAAACUCAGCUGAAUCAAGUAGCUGUGUCAUGCCAAAGAGUAGCAAGGUUUUCUUAUUUAUGAUUAUUUAAAAUGGAAAUGCAGAGGAUGUGGCAAGAUGACAGGUCACAUUACAUGUUUAAUCUGGAAACCAAAGAGGCCCUGAAGAAUAGUUGCUGUGAUGAUUCACUUUUCAGUGCUCAAAUGAAAACAAAACUAUUAGAUGCACAAUGUUGAUUUUUAUGGCAGAUUCAAGAACUCCCUAGUGAGGUGCCUCACUUGUGAGACUGAUAGCCUUGGUCCUCUUUGAAUUGUUUUUGGUUGAACAAAUGCAAGAUUGAAUGAAAUUAAAAAUGCAUUGAAACUCA